CACAGUUCCACUCCUCCCUCACUCUCUCCCACAGUUAGCAUCUCGCCAUUCCUCCGAUCCCCACCUCCACCAAUGGCGCUCUCCAUCUCCACGCCGCCGACCUCCUCCUCCCUCCUGCCGGCCUCCCUCCAGGUCGGCAGGUGGAGCUCGUCGGCGGCGAUGUCGGCCAGGCCUGUGGCCUUUAGCCUCCGGAGGCCGGUUCUUGCGGCCCGUGUAGCCGCCGGCGGCAACGCACCGUCUUCCUCCGUGGACGAGGUGGUCACUGAGCUCGAUGCCGUGGCCAGCUUCAGCGAGAUCGUGCCGGAUACCGUCGUGUUCGAUGACUUCGAGAAGUUUGCGCCGACCGCCGCCACGGUGAGCUCGUCGCUGCUGCUCGGUAUCGCUGGCCUCCCGGAUACAAAGUUCAAGAGUGCUAUAGAUACAGCGUUGGCAGACGGUGAAUGUAACACAAUGGAGAAGCCCGAGGACCGGAUGUCCUGUUUCCUAACCAAGGCCCUGGCAAAUGUUGGAGCUGAAAUGGCUCAUCUAGUCCCUGGUCGGGUGUCGACUGAAAUAGAUGCUCGGUUGGCUUAUGAUACCCAAGGAAUUAUCCAGAGGGUGCAUGAGCUUUUGAAGCUAUACAGUGAUCAUGAUGUCUUAUCUGAACGCCUGCUGUUCAAAAUUCCGGCUACAUGGCAAGGUAUAGAGGCCUCGAGGUUGCUUGAAUCUGAAGGGAUUCAAACACAUUUAACAUUUGUGUACAGUUUUGCCCAAGCAGCAGCUGCAGCACAAGCCGGUGCAUCUGUUGUACAGAUCUUUGUGGGACGUGUUCGGGAUUGGGCAAGGACUCACUCUGGCGACCCAGAGAUUGAUGAAGCUUUGAAGAAAGGAGAAGAUGCUGGGCUUGCUUUGGCGAAGAAAGUGUAUGCCUACAUUCACAAAAAUGGGUAUAAAACAAAGUUGAUGGCUGCUGCCAUACGCAACAAGCAAGAUGUGUUUAGCCUCCUGGGGAUUGACUACAUCAUUGCACCUCUGAAGAUAUUGCAGUCUUUGGAAGAAUCUGUCACUGAUACUGACGUGAAGUAUGGUUAUGUCCCAAGGCUGACUCCUGCUCUUGGCAAAACGUACAACUUCACUGAAGAGGAGCUUGUGAAGUGGGACCAAUUGAGUCUAGCAGCUGCAAUGGGGCCAGCUGCGGAAGAACUACUUGCUUCUGGGUUGGAAGGAUAUGUGAACCAAGCACGCCGAGUGGAGGAACUCUUCGGGAAGAUCUGGCCUCCUCCGAAUGUUUGAACACAUUCUAUGAUGAGGACCAGACCAUGCCACAGUCUUCUAUUCCAAAGAAUAAUAACAACAGCCACGGACAGUGCUGGCCAGCAUUUGCUCGUUCCCUUCAAAGAAUACUUCUCUUAGCCUGUCUGUGUUUGUACUUUGUAGUUCUCUAGCUAUCUAGCAAAUCUCACGAUGACAUGUCAAGAACAUCUUUGUUUUCUUUUCGCAAAGAUUGGAUACGGAUUUUCUCGAGUAUUUCAUUAGCCCGUGAGAUGUGUACCAUGAAAUGUCACCCAAAUGCUCUGCUGGAUUGUUCUGAAGUCUGAACUGAAUCUUCAGAGUUGCAGUUACUUAUCACUACGUUUUUUUAUAAAAAGAUGGGUGCCAUCAGCUAGUACUGUGAA